CCUCCCGCGCGGUCCCUUGCAGUCCGCAGCAGUCCCUCGACGUCCCUCCCACGGCGGGUUCUCAGCUCGGGGUCGGCUCUCGCUUCCGGAGGACAGCAGGCACGAUGACCCAGAACAUGGUGACAGUGAAUGGAGUCGCUGUGGCCUCUACGUCAUCCCAGCCCACCCACAUCAACAUCCACAUCCACCAGGAGUCGGCUUUGUCAGAACUGUUGAAAGCUGGUGGUUCUCUGAAGCAGUUUCUUCCUUGCUUCGGAGACAAGAGACCUUCCAAGGCCACGAUAAACCUUGCACAGCUGGCUCUUGGGGUGGUUCACAUCUUGCUGGGAGUUAUAAGCUGCGCUCUGGGUGUGUGUCUCUACUUCGGGCCCUGGACUGAGCUGCGUGGUUCCGGCUGUGCCUUCUGGGCUGGGUCUGUGGCAGUUGCAGCAGGAGUUGGGGCCAUAGUCUAUGAGAAGCACCGUGGCAAACUCUUGGGCUGCGUGUCCAGCCUGCUCACCCUGGCUAGCAUUGCCACGGCCGUAGCUGCCCUUGUCCUCUGUGUGAACAGCUUAACCUGGCAGACUGAUGGCUUCUUCGACAUGGACUCUGUGUGUGAAUGCCCAGGGUCUGACGACCCUACCGCUGGCUACAGAUGGGGGCAGACAGACGAAGAUUGGCGGAAGAAGAGGUGCAGAGCCUACAUGACCAUGCUGGUGAACUUGUUCCUGGCGUUCCGAGCCAUGCUGCUGGCUGUCUGUGUCCUGAAGGUUAUUGUGGCCUUGGCUUCCCUGGGAGUGCAUCUUAGAAGCCUGUGUGGCCAGAGCUCUGGCCCCCUGAAUGAGGAAGAAUCGGAGGAGAAGCUGUUGCGGGAGAAUUCAGUGCCCCCCUCACCCUCUAGGGAGAAGACCCCAGCUGCCAUCGUCCUGUGAGCCACCAGAGACUCCACUUGGUUCCCUCAGUCUUGUGUCCUUGUCCAGAGCAGCCCAGGGCCCUGGGGGAACAUUGUACAUGCCACUCAAAGCUCUCUGCCCUGUCCUUGUGCUUGUGUUCCCCUCAGCCACUGUCUUGCCCCCUCCUUCCUCCCUGCAUUGUUUAUACUCACUGCUCCUACUCCUGGGUUCUCAAAUCCAUGAACAGAUAUUGCUGCACUUUCCCCAAUGCUGAUUAAAAAGCAGUUUCACCCAGGAA